GUCGAAAAUUUUAUCGUUAUUGCCUGUUCCGUUUUCUGCACUGAUACACAUGUGUUUUUGAGUGUUAGAUUCCGGUGUUCCUACCGUUAUUUAUAAAUAUAACCCUUAUAAAACCAGUGUUUCUUUCGCUAUCGCUUUCUUCCGUGUGCAAGGGGCUUUAAAUAUAGUAUAUAACCUAAUCUAACCUAUAAAUUGUUUGCGUUCAGCAGACCAAGCUGCUUUGUAGCAAUCGAAUGUGAUUGGCUCUUACUUUUAGAACCAACUAAUCAACGUCGAGUGUUGACAAGACAACAACUCAGCAAUUGUUUAUAUGGAUGUUCACAGGAUGGUAAAAUCCAGGUUUAAGCUGUGUUCCAGAAUUGCUGCCGGCACGCUGCCAGUGCUAAAAUUGUACAAUAUACGUGACGUAAACUAUAGAUCUUUAGCGCUGGCAGUGAAUUUUGGAACACAGCCUUAGUCCACAACGAUUGAAUAGGCUGGGUCCACAAUAUCGAAUCAAAUAGAUUACAUUCGACGAAUCGACCAAUGUGAUAGAACACAGACUUGUGCUCGCCAAUGUCAUUCACACAAGUGGACUUUUAUAUGAUACAGUGAUUUUGAGAAGUUCCAAGUAUACAUAACAUGCGCAAGCCAAUCUUCCAUAUAGAGAAGUUGUAGAUCAAGCUUAGAUUAUUUGUUGAAUUUCCCGCGCAGCUAACUUUGUAUUUUGUUCUUAUGUCUUAUUGCGUACUUUGAUACUGGUGCUUCGUAGUAUAAGUUUUGUUUUUGAUUUCUCAGCAUUUUUCUUCUUCGAUACAAAAGAUGAGAUGAAAUACACGUGUAUACACGUGUGUAUUUUUUUGUUCGUUUAUUGUAACUAUAUUUUUUUCAAGUAUAAAAGCACACACUUAUAAGUAAAACUAUUCUGCAAAAUUAUAAACUGAUCUCUGAUUGCAAAGAACGGCGAAAGAAAAAGAGCGCGAAAGCGACACUGAAAUACGUCAUUGAUUUGCGAAGGUUGGAAUGUUACGCUUGGAAACGUUACUUGUAAACGUUUCUUGUAAAAUUAGUGUCUCAAAUCUAAGUUUUUCGUAACAAUGGAAUUUGUAUUGGAACGACAACACACGAGAGACAGAUCUCGUUAUGUUUUUAACGAAACCCGUACCUCACACACUUGUGGUAGAGGUAAAGACAAUACAAUUCUAUGUAUCAGUCUGCUUGUAUCUCGUAAACAUUGUAUGUUUCUUGUUUGCAACAAUAUGUUAUAUGUUGUAGAUUUGAGGAGUUCAAAUGGUGUUUAUAUAAAUGGUAGACUCCAGAAUUCUAUGGAACCAAUCAAAUUAAAUGAGAAUGACAUUAUUGGAAUUGGCACUCCAGAUUUCAAUCCAAAUGAUGAUGAAAUAUUUUCUUACAAAGUUUACACUAUUCCAGCACCUCUAAUUGAGGAAGACAAUGAAAUUAGCAUUUUAUCAAGGACAUUUGUUACUAGAGAAGUGCGAAAGACACCUGAAUCUUCUACAGAACGCGUAGUAGGAGAAAAAUGUAAAUCUAGCUCAACAAAUUGCAGCAAUAUAACGUCAUGUAAAAGACAAAAAUGUUCAAUUGAUCAUAGUGUAGCACGUAAUACUUCAGAAGAUGAGUCAGAUGAUGAAAUUGAAAUCCUUCAUGCAUCACUUGUAAAUAAAAUACAAAAGCAAUUUAGAGAUAGUGACGCGUCUACAUCUACAAAAUGUUUAAAUAAUAAUAUCAAAUUAUCUCCCAAUAACAAAAGCCAUACAAAUUUUCCAAAUAACAACAAUGCAUCAGUUUCCAAUGACGCGUCUACAUCUACAAACUGUUUAAAUAAUAAUAUCAAAUUAUCUCCCAAUAACAAAAGCCAUUCAAAUUUUCCAAAUAACAACAAUGCAUCAGUUUCAAAUGACAAAUUUCAUACAAAUUUGCCUAAUAAAAACAAAAGAUUGGAUUCCAAUGAUAAAAAUUGUAAAAAUAACAUAAAAGACAACAAUCAAAAACAAAAGUCUGAUUUAAAUCACAGAAAAGAUGAUGAGGAAAUGUGCAUUUGUAUUGAUGAAGAUGAUACGGACAACGACAAUGACAGAGAUAUGAAAGAAAUGCACAUUAGAGAAAACUCACCGAACAAUGCUGAACCACAUAAAAAACAUAUCUUAGAAAAAACAUUGAACAACGAUAAUAAUCCAAACAUCGUUAGCGAUGCAAAACUCGAAAACGAAAUGCAGACGGUAAAUGAGAAAACGAAUAAUCAUAAAAGAAAUAAUCAUGAAAGAAAUAAUCAUGAAAGAAAUAAUCAUGAAACAAACAAUCAUGAAACACCUUGUGACACACCUAGUAAAAUAGUAAAGCAAAUAAAACGAGAACCGAUGACACGAUUUUCCGAAGUCAAUGUUGUGGAGUUGUCGAGCGAUGAGGAAGACAGCAUGUUUCCAUAUUCUCAAUUGUUCGAUAUGAAAAAGGACAACACAGAGGACGACAAUACAGAGCACAAAGUCGAGAUUAAACAGGAAUGUACUGACGAAAAUGUCGAAAAUAGUGAAAAGAUUGGCUUGCUGGAUAUCGAUGAUGAGGUUAUUAUUUUAACAGACACCGAAGAUGAGGACAAUCCGUGGUUGGAACGGUUAUCCAGAAGUCAAUUGCUCAACGAAGAAAAUGAAAAAGAUCAAGAAGAAAAGCACUCAAACAUUCUUUUUGAUUUGAGUGAUGACGAUAAUAACACCAAUACGUUAAUGGCGAAAAUAAAUGCGAUGGAUAUAGACGAUGUGAGUUCUCCCAACGAAUUUGAUAUGGCAAACGCUGAUGACACAAGUAACAAACAGGAAAUAGAUACAGAGAAUGAUGGCGAAUUGGAUAAAAGAACAGAAAAAGAUACUUCAAGCUCACCUGUAUCAACGCCGGUAGUUGAAGCAAAACAAAAAAGAGUUAGAAAAACAGUUACAACACCUCUAAAAUUAAUUCCAAUAAUAGAACCAAUAAAGUUAGGACCUGGGAGAAGACAACGAUGCAAAUAUAGCAAAGAUCGAAAAGCAACACCGAAAGAGAAGGUGAUAACAGAAGAGAAGAUGUCGAAGUUGAAGGAAAAAUUAAAAGAUGACUUUUAUGCUAAGAAGCAGAAACACCGUAAAAAGAAGUCUGAAUCAGCAUCUGGCAGUCAUUCACCAAAUGAAGCGAAACCUGGACCGUCUAUUUCUAAAAGCGAAAAACGAGUGAUAAUGGAAAAGAGAAAGAUGAAAUUAAAGGAAAUAGCUGAGGAAAAAAAGAGACAAGAGGCUGCGAAAAAUAAUCGGGAUGUUACACGCAGAAUUGCUAAACCAAGAGCUAAACUAACAUUAAAAAAUCGAGGUGAUUUCCUUCUUCCCGAGCAAGAUCUCGAAGUAGAUACUGAGCCAGCUGUGACUCCAUCACAUUCAGAUAUAUCGGCAGAAGUGCCAAAAUCGAGUAACGAUGAGUCUAAACAGCAAUCAGAUGAGACCAUGUCAAAAGAGUUUGUUACAAUGUCAAAAUUGAUUGACGAUCAACUUAAGGUUAAAUUAAACAAAACUGAUAAGCCUAAAGAGUUAAGAGAAAAAUCAAAAUCGAAUAAUGAUCGAUCUAAGUUAUUAAAUAAAACUGAUGUGCCAAGAGAGUUUGUUGAAUCAAAAUCGAGUAGUGAUCGAUCUAAGCCAUCAAACAAAACUGAUACACCAAAAAAGUUAACAGAAUCAAGGUCAAGCAAUAGUGAUCAACUUAAGAAGUCAGUAAGUAACACUGAUGCGUCAAAAGAGUCAACCAAAUCAAAAUCGAAUAAGUUAACAGAAUCAAAGUCGAAUAAUAAUGAUCACCCUGAGAAGCCAGUGAGUAAAACUGAUGCACUAAAAGAGUCAACCAAAUCAAAAUCGAAUAAUGAUCGAUCUAAAAAGCUAAUAAACAACACUGAUGUACCAAAAGAGUUCGCCGAAUCAAAAUCGAACAAUGAUCGAUCUAAGAAGCUAGUAAACAAACCUGAUGUGCCAAAAGAGUUUGGAACUUCCUCUGACACGGUAGAGCGAAAAUCGUCUGAGACUCAUGCGAUAAAUAAUAUUGCCACAUCUUUACAACGGUCUCUAAACUUAGAUAAUACUGAGAAAAGCGCUGAAGAUAACGCAUUUUCCAGAACGACCAGCGAAGAGAAGAAGAAGAAGCGUAGAAGUAGAAGUAGAAGCAAGGAAUCGAGAAGAAGUUACGAGAACACACGCGAGACCGUUACCAAUCGUGUGUUCGAACCAAAGCAAGACGGAUUUGACAAAUAUCUUUCCAAUGUACCAAAUUUUCCGCCGAACAAUAUGAGAUUGAGUUCGGAACGGAAGAAGAACAGAGUGACCUUUUCCGACAGAGUGGAGGUAAGAGAAUACGAAAUUGAUUCGCGUAAUUCUUUGAAGAAGUUAGUGGGAAAAGAUGCACCUAUACCUGCAAAUAAAUUGGUAAAAAAAUCUCCGAUAACAGAAUGGAGACCCAAACUCGAAGAAUUUCUACUGCGCAUCUUCAUGUGGAAUCCCGUUUGGCUCGAGGAACAGCGCAACAUAAGGGAGGAUCCGCCGAUUAUAUCACCGUCUGAGCUUCAAAACAUGCACUUGCGCUACGACUCUUACAAACAAUAUUAUGACGUUGCGAUGCCUCUUUUGUUGCUCGAGAUCUGGCAAAUCAUGACAAGAGAAUUCGAACAAGUCAGAGAGAACAAAAUGAAACGCGCCACCGCUGUGUGUUCUAUAAUCGAAAAUUCGAUCACUCGUACUCCUAUACCAUCGACCAAUCUGUUCUUGACGACUUUGAUGAUAGAGGUACUAGUCAAAAAGGAGGAUUUCAAUGCCAGAACGCAUCCUGUUUACGGGGAGUUGGUGUUCUUGGAAUACGUGAGAAAGAUAAACGGCAAACAGAUCUUCUUUAAGGUAUUCGCGUAUGUGAUCAAUAUGCAUCAAACGAUUCUCACAGAUUUCACACAUUACAAUAGAAAUUUACGGAAUCACGUCGACAAUCCGUUUGCUGUGAUAACUUAUACUCUGUGGACACGACCCGUUGAACAUGACAUUCCCGUAAACCGGGUACAUCGAGUCCGAACAGUCAUGUAUCUACGACCAAGUAUCAGAAUGGUACAAGCGCUUCAAUAUCUUCCACAAUCGGCUCUUUUGAAACCAAUUUUGAAUCCGAGAAUCGAGGAUUACGAAUUACCGUUAAUGAGCGAGCCGUACACGUGCUCCUCACUGGUCACAAAGGAUGAUCUGAAUCCGAAACAAUUGGAAGCUGUAUUCAGGGUGACCACUGCCGUAUUGAGGAAAGAAGCUAAACUAUGCUUUAUUCAGGGGCCGCCGGGAACUGGUAAGUCCAAAGUUAUCGUAAACUUAGUGACUCAGAUACUCUAUGGCGAACGUAGAUACGAGUACAACCAUAAAUCCUUGAGAAUUCUUGUUUGUGCGCCGUCCAACGCCGCUAUAGACGAACUCGUGUUACGGCUUCUGAAUGUCAGGUCAACUUUGAAUCAUAAACGCUUCAAUAUGGUACGCAUUGGUCGGCCAGAAACUAUGCAUCCACUGGCUAAAACUGUUUCCGUUACGGAUCUGGCGAGACGACACCUAACGAAAAUGACGCAAAAAUCAACUUCAUCGGUCGAUGCCAUGUCUAACGCUGAGGACAUAUCGAUUGUGGAAGCGCGACUCAACUCGCUUCAUGCCGAACUAGAAGGUCCUCAGCAGAUGCCAGAAGAAAAGAAAAAGAUACUUGAACGAAAACUACUUGAUUUGAGAACGAAAUAUGAACUGAUGAAGUAUGGCAAAUCUUACGAGCAACUCAGUUUAAAGGAGCGUGCCAAAUUUGAACGCAUGUCGGAAAACGUGAUACUUGCGGGCGCGGAUGUAAUCACUUGCACGCUCUCGUCUUGUUACACCAAUCAGAUGGAAUCCUUAUUUGGAAACUACAAGGAAAAGAUAUCUGUUUGCAUUGUUGAUGAGGCAACGCAGAGUUGCGAGGCGGAAACUUUAAUACCAUUGAUGUUGGGAGUGAAAACUUUAGUUUUGGUUGGCGAUCCGAAUCAAUUGCCUGCUACCAUUUUGAGCCAGCGGGCUAAGAAGAUGGGUCUCGAUCAGUCGAUAUUUUCCAGAGUGCAGAACGUCUUCUCGACGGAAUCGAACAAUCCUAUAAUAAUGCUGGACACGCAGUACCGUAUGGAAUACGCUAUUUCUUACUGGCCAAACAAAUACUUUUAUCACGGAAAACUGAAAAAUGCAGCUGGACAUCGAACAAAAUUCCCAUUUUAUCCUUACAGAGUGUUAGAUCACGAUUCUGCACAGAACAACGACAAAUUCUCCAACACGACCGAAGCAGAAUUCGUGGCCAAUAUAAUUUACGUUAUGUUGAUGUUUCCAAAGUGGGAAAAUAUAAACGCCGUUAUUUCAAUCGGGGUUCUCACGCCAUAUAACAAUCAAAGAAGUCUUGUGUUAAGUAAAAUUAAUGAAAAAAUAUCUUCCGUACCUGAGGCUCUCAGAAAAAAAAUUAGCUUUGAAGUUAACACGGUUGACGGUUUCCAGGGCCAAGAGAGAGACGUUAUAAUAAUGUCUUGUGUGAGGAGUCAAGGUAUUGGAUUUUUGUCGGAUAAGCAGAGACUUUGUGUUGCCCUCACGAGGGCGAAACAUAGUUUAAUAUUGUGCGGAAACUUCAACACUUUUAUGAAAGAUCGAAUGUGGAACAGACUUUUAGCCGAUGCACGUGACCGUGGUGUUAUAUGUAAAGUUAAUGCCAAUGCAACACCCGCCAAUAUUAAACAAUUUAUCGUUAAAUAGAAAAAAAAGACUAUAUUUGUAUAUUUAUAUGGAAGAUAUAUUUAAAUUCAUUAUGUUGUGUUGCGAGAGUGGCUGGAUCUGUUUUGUAUAUUUUUUUUCUCUCUGCGUGUUCGUCUUGGUUGUUGACGAGGUCACGUCCCGCAAACCGGAUGUACGAAACGCAUUGCGCUGGAGUGCGCUUUUUUGCUUUGACUCUUGCUGUCUAAUUUGUCUUCCAAUUUGUCUUCACAAGUCGAUAAAUGGUAAAUAGUGUUGGCGUGACUUUUUGAGUUUAACAGAUCCAAUCUCUGUAAAUUGGACUCGCGGUUUUACGGCAGUUUUCCGCACGAGAGCAUUAUUAUCGAUUUUUAUUUGUUUUUAUAACUUAAAAAAGAAAAAAAAACUACUUGUGUUCAUUAUUUGAGUAUUAGAAUUUUUGCCUCAAAGUAUUUAUAUUUUAUAAGAUAAAACAUUAUGAUUACAUUAUGAUUGUAUAUACGUACGCGUAGCUGAUGUCCUACUAUAGGCGCCCUCUACCUCAACAUGUAUCUUAUCGAAUGCUUUUAUAUCUGCGCCGAUAAGCGCAUCUGUUUGAUCGAUCGUCAAUUAUCGACUAAAUCGCCAUGUAUAUACUAUUAUACAUACGUGCACUAUGCAAUAUCAAGAAAAAAUAAAAUAAAAUUAUAAAAUUGUUUUUACUGUUUUCUAUAAAUAAUUCCGCUCAAUCAAAAACAAGGCAACACGUUUGGCACUCGAAACAUUUGUUAAUUUUGAAAGUUUGUUAAAAUGA